AUGUCAAACGUCAAAGAGCAAGACUUCUUUGGCGGAGCAAUUCGGGGUGUUGUGCCACAGAACUGGAUUGACGCCAGCAACCUCCGUGAAAUCCCAGACCACCAGGAACUAUUCCUCUCACCCGACACACUGUCUAACAUGAUCAUCGAGAUCAACCAGCGUGUCUCCCAAGAAGAUGCACUGAGCACCUUCGCCACUCUUAUUCAGCAGCAGCCUUCACUAGCAAUUGGCGGCGGCAGUGUCGCUACCGCCACACCCGAGACGGUCAACCAAGCAGCUGCCUUGUACCAUCUUCAUGACCUCUGUGAGGAUGAUGAUUCCAUGCAAGUGGUUGCGCCGCCACAGCCCGUGUCUCUGGGCCGGUUGCCUUCAAAUGCGCCAUCUGGAUCCACUGUCAGUGCGUACAAGGGUAUUGUUGAGUUUAAGACAACUCCUCGUCGUCGGGAUCAGCGGUUGCCUGCUGCCGAAGCAGGCUCAGCUGUUGCGGGUGUGGCCAUGAAUGGUGGCUCUUCUAGUGCACCGCCUGCCAAGACUUUGACAUGUCAUUUCCUGCUUGUGCGGCUUGAGGCGCAGGAGACGGAUUUGUUGACAUUCUUCAAUGUGCCACAUGAAGAAUUUGAUAAGGAAGGAGAUGCGCGUGGUUUGUCGAAGGAGGAGACUGCUGCAGAGGAUAUUAUGAAGGCUGUGGAGGAGAAGCUUGAAAUUGUGGAUUGGGGACUUUUUGUUUAG